CCCGCUAGCUUAACUUGGCGAACCUGACGCUGCUGGUUCCGGCUCGAGAGAGAAAAGAAGGAAGAAAUGGAGCCCCAGAAGAAGUUGAUAAACUCGGUGGACAGCUGCGUGGACGAGGCUCUGUGCGGCCUGGUCAGGGCCAGCGGGGGCCUGUCGCUGCUGGGGGGCCACAGGGUCGUGCUUCGGUCCGACCUGGAGAGUCUGAGGGGCAAAGUGGCCCUGCUGUCGGGGGGAGGGUCAGGACAUGAGCCGGCACACGGGGGUUAUGUUGGUGCAGGAAUGUUGUCGGCAGCAGUCGCAGGUGGAGUGUUUGCAUCACCACCACCGGCCAGCAUCCUGGCAGCCAUCAUGUCUUUGCAUAAUGCAGGAGCUGCCGGGGUCCUUCUCAUCGUGAAGAACUACACCGGCGACCGCCUCAACUUCGGGUUGGCUGCAGAGCAGGCCCGUAACCACGGCGUCGCUGUCGACAUGGUGAUCGUUGCCGAGGACUGCGCCUUUGACCGGCCCAGUAAGGCCGGGAGGAGAGGCCUGUGUGGAACCGUCUUUAUACACAAGCUGGCAGGUGCGUUGGCAGAGGAAGGCUCCUCAUUGGACCACAUCGUUGCCAGGGUGACAGAGGUUUUAAAGGGGGUCGGUUCACUCGGGGUGAGUCUGUCUCCGUGCAGCGUCCCCGGCUCCCUGCCUUCAUUCGACCUGUCCCCGGGAGACAUGGAGCUGGGUCUGGGUAUCCAUGGUGAACCUGGGAUCAAAAGGUCAAAGGUGACGUCGGCCGACGAGGUGGUAAAAACCAUGAUCGAUCACAUGACCAACCCUGACAGCCAAUCGUGUCUGCCGCUGAAAUCAGGAGACAAUGUGGUCGUGUGUGUGAACAACCUCGGAGCUCUGUCUUGUCUGGAGAUGGCCAUUGUUACUCGAGCUGCCAUCACCUGUCUGGAGAGUCGCGGCAUGGCGGUUGCCAGGGUGAUGUCCGGUUCAUUCAUGACGUCACUGGAGAUGGCGGGCGUGUCACUGACCCUGAUGCGAGCCAACGAGGAAACACUGAGACUGUUUGACGCUACGACUAGCGCCCCCGCCUGGCCAAAUCUCAGCAGUGUGCAUGUGAGCGGACGCAGCUACGUCGUAGCUCCUCCCACCAUGGACACACGACCGCAGGACGAUAUACACACUGAAGGUUCACUGAGUCCUGUGAUGCACAAAGCGUUAGAGUCAGUUUGUUCCACUCUGUUGGAAAGACAGGAGGAACUCAACUCGCUGGACCGAGCUGCUGGGGACGGAGAUUGCGGUAACACUCAUGCGCAGGCUGCCAGAGCCAUUCAGGAGUGGCUCCGGGGUCAUGUGGUCCCUGGUUGCCCCGGGAAACUCCUCUCAGUCCUCGCUGGAUUGGUGCAGGAGAAGAUGGGCGGAUCAUCAGGGGCGUUGUACAGCCUGUUCCUGACGGCAGCGGCUGGUCAUGUGGCCGGGGGGCGGAGCGACGCUGCAGCCUGGGCGAGUGCAGUGCAUGCUGGGACACAGGCGAUGAGGAGAUACGGUGGAGCUGAUCCUGGAGACAGAACAAUGCUGGAUGCUUUGUUUCCUGCUGUGGACGAGCUGAUGAAACUGACCACAGCUCCACCUGGUGGACAGAUGGUCAUACUGCAGGCUGCAGUGCAGAAAGCGGCCUCGGGGGCGGAGGCCACCCGGAACCUCACGGCGAGGGCGGGGCGGGCCAGCUACAUCGCGGCCGAGAGGGUCACCCUGCCCGACCCUGGUGCCGUGGCCGUAGCCGCCAUCUUGAGAGCUGUGUUGGAGUCGCUGGAGGGGCGGAAGUAAAACAGCCACAUGAUUACAAACAGAACAACACUAUCACGUCUCAGAAACUUUAAUGAAUGGGACGUAAGACUCACUGUGAUGUUAACCUCUUUUUUACUCUAUAUUCAAACCUCCACGACCAUCACACACUCAUCACACUCAUCACACUCAUCACACACACACACACACACACACAAACAUUAAUACAUUGUGGUCUCUAACUGAACUCUGCUUUUGGCUGAGAGCUCGUAUCAUGCGGCCUCAUUAUGCUGUUUCUGACAGCUGCCGAUCGUAGAGUUUAGGUGGUCACGGGUCAUGGGCACUGGUUUAAAAGAAGCCACAGCAGGUUUUCCCCUGAACGACGGUGGGUGCAGUCCCCUCAUUCUCCGGCGCUGACAUGGUGCCGUGGUCAUGAGGUGUAACCUGUUUCACUGAGGUGCAUUUUUAUCUCACUCACUUUGGAGCCAGGUUACGUGUGAACUCGCGAACAGCUGGUGAAACCGGUUCCAGUGUUGAAGCUAAACCAACUUUUUGAAUGAUGUGUUUUGAUAAAAAAUGAAACUGUGAAUGGAUUAAAAAACACUUUCUUGAUGGAACAGUGUGAAUUCUGACUAAUAAAUCAAUAGUUUUUACACAAA